AAUUGAAAGCCAUGGAGACCUUUGUUGCCAAUUAUGGCGCAUACAUGCUACACAUUGAGUCAUUGUCCCAAACAGAUUCGGUGCCAGCAAAAAGAGAAGAAUUGAAGGGUUUUUUGUCAAAAUGGACGUAUGCAAAGUAUCCUAUGCUGAUGACAGUAUACAUUGACAUUUUGACGCCUUUGAAGGUUCUUAGCCUGGGAUUCCAAAAGGAAGUUCACGACCCUGUUAAAGCGGUGAAGCGCAUUAAUGAAUUUGAGUGGACUAUGGUCAAACUAAAAGAAUUGAUCAAUAAAUGCGUUCAGGACGACUCCGAAAAACUUAUUAAUUUUACACGGUUUUUGAAGGAGUGCGAAGCCACAACGUCCGACGAUGGUAAGUAAUUGAUGAAUGAGUCCCUGAUUUUACGUACGCUUGAAAUGUUUUUUUUUACACAGUAGAACCUCAACAAUCUUUGACAAAACGUCAAAAAAUUACCAGGCAUCAAGUGGAAGAACUUGAAGACGAUGAAGAUGAAGCAGGUACUUUUAAAUGUUAUAAUUAGUGUUUUGUAAAUGUAAUACUUUAUGUC